AGUACUUUCUGUUGCUUGACUGUUGCCGUUUCCUUCAUGCCUCGGCAAUUAUUUUAAUCUUCCCUUUUGGUCUUUCUGUUUGGCUGCCCUGUUCCACUGUGCAGCCGGCACACCUGGAUGUCUCGUUGGGCCGACAGCCACAUAAAGCCUUCUGUGUUGGGGUUUCUGGACAGACUCCAACUCUUCAGACUUGCGGUUUUACGGUGGGGGUGUGUCCGGACUUACUGACUUCGUGCAGAAUUCAGCAUGAGCGGGCAGUUGCGCAGGAGGAAAACCGUGGCAGGACCAUCAUAAAACUUUAUGAUUAUUGUGCUGAAAAUGCGGAUUCGCUCUUUGCGGACUAGUGGAGUUUGCACUUUUGAACCCGGGAGGCUCUGGGCGCAGUAAGACGGUGUAACUCGAGAGGAUAAAAGCCAGUGCCAGCUCUGCGCUCGUCCAUCACCAUGAUCGCUUGGACGACGAUUUGCUGGGGUCUCAUCACCCUCCAGGCCGUUGUAGGCCUGAGUACCGUGCGGUGGUGCACAGUGUCGGACCCGGAGCGCAAGAAGUGCGAGGACCUGUCCAAGGCCUUCAGGGAAGGCGGAGUCCGCCCGGAGUUGCGAUGCGUUACCGGCGCCUCGGCUCUCGACUGCGCCGCCAAAGUGUCGGGCAAUCAAGCGGAUGCCGUGACCCUGAGUGGCAAAGAUAUCUAUGAAGCCGGGAAGCAGUACAAGUUCAAAACCGCCGUGGCAGAGACAUACGGAGAAGAGGUGGGGACCACCUACUACGCCGUGGCAGUGGUGUGGCGGAACAGCACCGGCAUCAACAUCAACAGCCUGGCGGGGAGGAGGUCCUGCCACACGGGCCUGGGCCGCACGGCGGGCUGGAACAUGCCCCUGGGCCUGCUGAUCGACAGCGGCCGCAUGUCCGUCAUGGGCUGCGACAUCAAGAGAGGAGUCAGCGAGUUCUUCUCAGCUAGCUGCGUCCCUGGUGCCAACGGCUACGGAGACCCUCCAGGACUGUGCCAGCUGUGCGUUGGAGACGUCUCUGGCAAUUUCAAAUGUGAGAGUAAUGAAAAAGAGAGAUACUACAGUUACGCUGGCGCGUUCAGGUGUCUGGCAGAGGGUACUGGGGAGGUUGCCUUUGUGAAGCACAGCACGGUCCGGGAGAACACAGACGGCAGGAAUCCCGAUCCCUGGGCUCAGGCCCUGAAGUCAGCCAGCUUCCAGCUUCUGUGCCGUGACGGGUCGCUGGCAGAGGUCAGGGACUACCGGCGGUGCCACCUGGUCAGAGUCCCGGCCAAGGCCGUCAUCACCCGGGCAGACACGAGCAGCGCCGAGCUGCACCGCAUGCUGGAGGAGGGGCGGAACAAAUUCCAGAUGUUUCAGUCAAGCUCCUAUGGAGGCACAAAUCUAAUGUUUAGUGACGCCACGAAGCAGUUCCUACUGGCGGAGAGUGAAAACUACCAAGACUGGCUGGGACAGGGGUACAUUAAUGCUCUGAAGGGGAUGGACUGCACAAAGGACAGUGUCCCCAAGAACCUGCGCUGGUGUGUCCUGUCUCAUCCAGAGAUGACUAAAUGUGCACAAAUGGCUGUCAGCUUUCAGAAAAGAGGCCUGACACCUACGAUACAGUGCGUCUCUGGGGACUCUUAUGAAGACUGCAUUGUGAAGAUUAAAAACAAUGAUGCUGACGCAAUCACCCUGGACGGCGGCUUUAUUUACAAAGCCGGCAAAGACCAUGGGCUGGUACCGGCUGUGGGAGAGAGCUACACCGACGACACCCAGGGCAGCUCCUACUACGCAGUGGCAGUGGUCAAGAAGUCCAGCCUGGACGCCUUCAACUUCAACGAGCUGAAGGGCAGGAGGAGCUGCCACACGGGCUACGGGAGGACGGCGGGCUGGAACGUCCCAGUCGGAGUCCUCAUGGAGAAAGGGAUGAUCCGGCCGCGGGGCUGCCAGUUCGCCCAAGCUGCGGGGGAGUUCUUCCGUUCCAGCUGUGUUCCCGGAGCCAAUCAGCCCGGCUACCCUCCCAGCCUGUGCCAGCUGUGCGUCGGGGACGUCUCCGGGCAACACAAAUGUGAUCGCAGCGACCUGGAGCGUUACUAUGGAUACAGCGGCGCCUUCAGGUGUUUAUCAGAAAGCGCUGGAGAGGUGGCCUUCGUGAAGCACACCACGGUCUUCGACAACACUGACGGUCACAACACUGAUCUCUGGGCCGUCAACCUGCAGUCGAGGGACUUCCAGCUGCUGUGUCCCAAUGGGGCUCGCGCGGAGGUCUCGCAGUACGCGCGCUGUAACCUGGCUCGCGUGCCUGCCCACGCCGUCAUGGUGCGCCCCGACACGGACGCCAACGCGGUGUACGGACUCCUCGACAGAGCCCAGGCCAUCUUUGGGGAUGACAACAAUCCGAACGGAUUCAAGAUGUUCGAUUCCUCUGCCUUUGGAGGUACGGAUCUGAUUUUCAAGGAUUCCACAGUCCGCCUGAUAGGAGUCGGAGAGAAAAGGACCUACACGGACUGGCUGGGCCAGAGCUACAUGGACGCCAUGAAUGUGAUGGAAUGCAACUCUGCAGGAGCGGUCUCCUCAGUGUCCACGGUGCUUGUAGUGGGACUCGGCUUCCUCUUGAUCAUCUUCAACAUAUAAACCUACUUUCCUGGGAAGACAGUGACAAAGAAACACCACGUCUCACUGAUUCUUGGACAAUUUUUAAGAAUCGUUAUUCAGUGAUUCAGAUAGCAAAUUUGCAGGGAUUUUAGGGUCCUAUUUUUCAAUGUGCCAAAUGUUUUUUUUUCUCUCAAUUUGUAGCUGGGCUGGACACUCCACCCCCAGUCCAAAUCGUCUCGAAUGUUUAAAUCCAGGGAUUCUCGUGCCUCAGGUGUGUUGAUCACCCUGAGGGAAGGAGGUGGCAGGUUUUGGGAAAGAGGGUCUGUCCACAAUCAUUAAUCCCCCUCCUACCUCUCCAGUCCUUCCACAGUGCCACAGGAAGCUCCAGGCAGGCAGGUCCCAUGCUGGUGCAUGUUGCCUGGCUGUGAUCCUUAGCAUCUGAAGGCAGUUGCCAUAUCAGUGCAUAUGCUUUGCCUGUUACAUCUGGAGCCUCUUUGUCAAGCUCCUGCAGACUUAUAUCAUAUCCUACAGAUGUGUAGUCAUAUUUAAAAACUUUGUCCUUUGUUGUCUAAAGGCAGUUGCCAUAUCAGUGCAUAUGCAUUGCCUGUUACAUAAUCUUAUCUUCUUGGGGUGCUCUCUGUGUCUUGGAAUGUGCUGGGACCUGCACUUUUCUGUCUCGCCUUGAUAAACUAACGCCAAGCCAGCAACGAAGCAGCAACGAAGUAACAGGGCCGUGCUGCUUAAAUUCACACUUGUUUCUUUCUGCAGACACAGGCAGGAGGGCGACAGCCUGUGCUGUUUUCUGCAUGUACCUGCCGUGUCAGUGUGUUCCCCCCAAACCUCAGAAAGAACGCUGUUAAACACACGCUUAAUGGCAACAGUGAUUUGCUCAGUGCAGAACUAAGAUUAAACUAAUUUAGACCUGGGUGUCUGGAAUGUGGAGUGUAAAUUCCUAUGAGCAGAGCAGCUGAGGAAGACUUUGCUUAUUGUUUUGGGAGGUCACAGACGUGAGGCAGAAAAUGUCUCUCUUAGCUUAAUCUAAGGUUUAUGGAAAAAUAUAUCAAAUGUGAUUUACUUAGUUGCCUAUUUCUACAAAGCAGAAUCACAGCUUCCCAGUGAACUAAUACCUGAAGGUCAGAUUGAUAGGAAUUCUGUCUCUCUACCUUCACAGCUAUGAGAGCAUGACACAGCAUCCAUUACUCCAUACCUACUGCUUGAUUGAGACCGCUGGUAACUUUGGGAAGAUCAUGCCAGUUUAAAAAGUAGUACUUUGCAUGUUUCUCUGUCAGGAAAUCACUUCAGCUGGCAUCACCGUAAAACCCAUGUGUUUUAAUUUCUGGAAUGAUCAAAGACAUGGAAAGUCCGAGUUCUCUGCUGCACAAUGCCUUCAUAAUAAUUCUGAGCUUUUACUGACCAAGUCUGUACUAUAAUCAGGUGUAGUAUUCCCUCUAGGCUGCAUUAUUGUCCUUUCAGUAUGGCAUUUCUUUCCAAAAUGUUUUCUGCAGAGUUUCUUUGUGUAUUAUUGAACAAAGAUUUAUUUUUAUAAGGUGCUCAGAUACCAUAUCAGUGUAUAUGUACUGACUCCCUGUUCUUUGAAUAUUAUUGCUUGCUUCAAAGGUCAUAUUGAUUUCUUCAAUGAAAUAUUGUAUUGUAACUAAUAUUUAGUUGCCAGGCCAGUGCGUCUGCUUAAGUAUAGGUACAUAAAGCUUUGAUUAAAAACCACACUAUGAUUCAUAAAUAAACUGAGACCUCAUUCA